CGGGUUGUCAGCUUGUCCAUUUAUUGGCUGUCGCUGCGAGGCGGAUGUACGAAAUAGUGAAGUGAAUUCCAUUUGUUUACCUUUUGAACUUGCUAAAAGAAGCCGGCAAUGGCAAUAGUAGUUAUCCCGCUUGACUCAAGCAAACACAGCGAAUACUGUCUUGAUUUCUACAUCAAGCACCUGCACAAGGAUGGCAACAAGGUCUACACCUGUUAUGUGGCGGAUUACUUUGGUGAUGUUGGCAUCAUGGAAGGGCCAAGCCCAGGCAGGAUCCAUGAGCUGGAGGAGAAAGACAAAGAGAAGGCUGCUGCUAUAGAGGCUGAAGUCACAGAGAUUUUUAGUGCCAACAAAAUUGAUGGCAGCUUUGUGCGUCUGCAUGCCAAAGAGGCGUGGCACAAGAUCCUGGAGUACAGCAAGUCUGUCAGCGCCAACAUGAUCGUCAUGGGCUCCCGCGGCCUCGGCAAGAUCCGCCGCACCAUCCUGGGCAGCGUCAGUGAAAGUGUUGUCCAUCACUCCGACAUCCCAGUCCUCGUCUGUAAGCAUCCGCAUCACUGAGGGGGUAUCAUCCGCAUCACUGAGGGGGUAUCAUCCGCAUCACUGAUGGGGUAUCAUCCGCUCAACUCUCCAUCAUCCAUACCAAUGAGGGGUUCACCAUCCACACUAAUUACAGUGUAAUCACCCAUGUCAGAAAUCAUCCAUAUGUCUGUGUAUCCAGGCUUUUGUCAUGUAUGUCCCAUCUGUUGGUAAAGUUGUUUUUCUAAAUGACUAUAUUAGAAUUGGAAAGCAGUUUUUUCUAAACAAAAAUUGUAAUGGAAUCCUAAGUGGUAUGAAACUGUUUACGUUUUAUACAUUUUUAUAAUUUUAAAGAGUGAUGUCAUUUGUGUUCAUGACUAUAGUAAUUGUAUAAGAAUGUUAUCACGGGAAUGUUUUUCUCAUAACUCAGGUUGUUUUAACAAGUUUUUUGUCUUGUGUGACGUGUUUUAUGUGUGCUGUUUAUGUGUAAAAUAUUUGUUAAGUUUUUAAACAUUUUAUUGAGAUGUCUUUAAAAGACCAAUCUUUUAUAUGUGUGGACUGCAGCUAGUGCUAUCAUGUGUUAUAUUACAAUGUUUAUAAAUGUCAGGAAGAUUAAUGUAUGUUUUUUUUUUUACAUUUAAUUUCCUAUCUACUUAAUUCCAUUAAUCAAAUAAUUGUUAUUGAUUGAGAUUUAAUCAAAUAAAGCAUCAAAUA